AUGCCAGAGAGCAGAAGCAGGUCGCCUUUGACGCCUUCCCCGUCGAGGGAGAUGAAGGGGAUCAGGCUGUUUCGUGCCAUAGGCAGGAAACUAGUGAGACGUUCCAACGAAGACAUCCUCUAUCCAGAAGAACCGGAUUGCCGAUCAUCGAGCUCAGAUUCUUGUUCUUCCACGUCCACCAACCGGAGUUCGAGAAACAGAAAGGGAGCUAACUCAGGUGACUCGGGAUUCAGAUCGUCGUCUCCAAACCAGAUGUCAAGUAGUUCUAGUGAAUCUGGAAGUGACAUUCAUCAAAGGCCUAGACAUCACCACUCGACUUCAGCUGAGAGUAUCAGGAAAGUGUUCCAGAAUUUAAGUCUAAAUGUACGUUCCAGAAGCUGCACCAGCAACAAGGAGAAGAGGAAGAGCAAGAAGCCUGCUCCGAAGAGGAUACUGAGGCAACCAGUGACUUAUACUUAUGUGAAAGGACUUUCAGGUUUACCCACGCAGAGGAUUCCCAUGAAUAACAAACUUUUUACCUCGUGCAGGUGCACCAUACAGUCAGGUUUGAACAGAUAA